UCAGAUGAAAAAAACUCAAUAACUCCAAAUCUCCACCGUCUGAUAAAAAAUUCUUAUCUCCUUAAUUGUUAAUUCACCUAACUUGGUAAACCAUAGCAGCUGCAGCCAGUGUUAUACAUAUAGGAUUCGUUCACUGGCUCUCUAUCUGAAAUUCACUCACUCUAUCUCUAUAGAAAACAAGGUUUUGAAGGGAAAAAAAUGGAAAACGGGGUUGAGAGAGUUGUUGUGGAAGAGAAAACCAAUGUGGGAAAUGAAGGUUUUGGGGACAAGGUAGAGGAGGAGAGAGUUGUGGUGGGGUCUGAUGAAUCAAAGGAUUUGGAAGAUGAGGUUUUUGAGGAGGCAAUUGAAUCACAUGAGCAAUUGCAGGAGGAGGAGGAGGAGGAGGGAAUGAAAGUUGUAUCAGACGGUGGUGUUUUUGAGAGUGUUGGCGAUUUGAUUUCAGCAGUUGUUGAUGAGAGCUCAAAUUUAGGAAACGAGACAGAGAAACUUGAAGAGGCUCUUUUUAUUCCUGCUGAGAGUGGGAAUCCUGAUGAGUUGGGUGGGGUUGUUGGUGAAGAGAAGGUAGAGGAUUUGGUGGGCGAAGAUAGUGUUGAUAAGAUUGAUGAGGGAGGGACUGCAAAGGAAGCUAGGGGCAGUGAAUCGAGUGGAGGAGAGGUUGCUGAGAUCGUUGAUAAUGGAGUAACAGAGGUUUUGAAGGCUGAGGGUGAAGGCGAGGUGGAUUCUAAGCAGGGGAUUAAAUUGGAUGAGGAGAUUCUGCUCAAGGAUGAUGAGAGAGAAGAACUGAAGGAGGAUGAGUUGAGCACUGAAUAUCAGGGGACUAGUGGCAAUUCAGGCAUGAGCCAGAAUUUGAUAAAAAUGGAUGCUGAGCAUUUAGAUGAGAAAAGUGGGGAAUUGAAAGGUAACGGAGAGUCUGCUAAGGAAGAUGGGAACAAUGAAUUGAUUGGAGGUGAGGAGGUUUCUGAGAUUACUGUUAAUGGAGAAACUCAGGCUUUAAGGAGUGAGGCUGAGGUCAAUUCUAAUCGAGAAAUUGAGUCAAGCAAGGAAUUGAAUAAUGAUGGAGAUUAUGCUCAGGAAGUGGGGAACAAUGAGACGAGUGGAGAUGCGGGGGUUUCUGAGAUUGCUGGUAAUAUAGGAACAGAGGCUUUGAAGGGUGAGAAUGAGGCUGAUCCUAAUCGAGAAAUUUUGUUGAGCAAGGAGAUUCUUCCUGAAGAUGGUGAAAGAGAGGAACUGAAGGAGGAUAACGCGGAGGUGUCUGAGAUUGCUGGUAAUAUAGGAACAGAGGCUUUGAAGGGUGAGUAUGAGGCUGAUCCUGAUCGAGAAAUUGAACUGAGCAAGGAGAUUCUUUCUGAAGAUGGUGAAAGAGAGGAACUGAAGGAGGGUAAUGCGGAGGUGUCUGAGAUUGCUGGUAAUAUAGGAACAGAGGCUUUGAAGGGUGAGUGUGAGGCUGAUCCUAAUCGAGAAAGUGAGCUGAGCAAGGAGAUUCUUUCUGAAGAUGGUGAAAGAGAGGAACUGAAGGAGGGUAAUGCAGAGGUGUCUGAGAUUGCUGGUAAUAUAGGAACAGAGGCUUUGAAGGGUGAAUGUGAGGCUGAUCCUAAUCGAGAAAUUGAGCUGAGCAAGGAGAUUCUUUCUGAAGAUGGUGAAAGAGAGGAACUGAAGGAGGAUAAGUUGGGUUCUGAAUAUCAGGAGGCCAAUGAGUCAAUUAAUUUAUCAGGUGAUCUUCAAGGUGAUAAGAGUGAAGGACUGGAUGAUAAUCUGGAAAAACCAGAUAUAAAACAUGAUGUUGAGAAGAAUGUGGAUUUUGACAGUGCAAUAGUAGGCCUUGAUGCUGGAAUUGGGGUUCAUAAGAGCGAACAUUUCAGGGACAUCUCAGCAGUUGUGGAUACAGAAAACCAUGAUGAUAGCAAUGGGAAGUUGAAAGAUGUUUCAGCUGUUAUAGCUUCAGAGCAAAAUGGGGAAACUCAUGAACUGAAAGCUGCAUCAUCUGUCCCACAGACAGUCGUGGAGGAAGUAAAGCUGGUACCAGGAGUUUUAGCCUCAUCUUCUUUAGAGAAGUCAGUGACUGAGAGAAAUGAGGAGAUCCAGGCUUGUGCAUCUAAUGUGCGAGCAGAGGAUAACAAGGGUUCUGAAGUACAUCAUGCUGCCAACAAUACUAAUGGAGUCAGCAAAAGCACUACUGUGACUGAAGAGCCCAAGGAGAAAGCAGACAAGGGUCAGGAGGAUAAGCAAACUACUCCAGCAAAUAUAGAGCGAAAAAUUAAGCAUGUACCCAAGAUUGCAUCUUCAUCUGCAAAAUCUUCAAGUGCAGCUCCCGCACCUUCUCGUCCAGCUGGCCUUGGGCGUGCUGCCCCACUAUUGGAACCUGCACCCAGGGCAGUCCAGCAGCCUCGUGCUAAUGGAGCUGUUUCUCAUACACAAUCCCAACAGAUUGAAGAUCCUACAAACGGGGAAUCAGAAGAGUUUGAUGAGACUCGUGAAAAACUUCAGAUGAUCAGGGUGAAAUUUUUGCGACUUGCACACAGACUAGGGCAGACUCCUCAUAAUGUUGUUGUUGCACAGGUUUUAUACAGACUGGGAUUAGCUGAACAGCUGCGAGGUAGAAGUGGUGGCCGCGUUGCUGGUUUCAGUUUUGAUCGUGCCAGUGCCAUGGCAGAACAGCUUGAGGCUGCCGGGCAGGAACCCCUUGAUUUCUCCUGUACAAUUAUGGUUCUUGGAAAGACAGGUGUUGGUAAAAGUGCCACUAUCAAUUCAAUAUUUGAUGAAGUGAAGUUUGGCACAGAUGCUUUUCAAUUGGGUACAAAAAAGGUUCAGGAUGUUGUGGGCACUGUUCAGGGGAUAAAGGUACGGGUCAUUGACACACCAGGACUUCUUCCUUCAUGGUCUGACCAGCGCCAGAAUGAGAAGAUCCUUCACUCUGUUAAGCGCUUUAUAAAGAAAACUCCUCCAGACAUUGUGUUGUAUCUUGACAGGUUGGACAUGCAGAGCAGGGAUUUUGGUGAUAUGCCCCUCUUGCGUACCAUCACUGACAUAUUUGGUCCAUCUAUAUGGUUUAAUGCAAUUGUUGUCUUGACCCAUGCGGCAUCAGCUCCACCUGAUGGCCCAAAUGGUACUGCUUCAAGUUAUGAUAUGUUUGUCACUCAGCGCUCGCAUGCUGUCCAACAAGCAAUUCGUCAGGCAGCUGGAGAUAUGCGACUCAUGAAUCCUGUUUCAUUGGUUGAGAACCACUCAGCAUGUAGAACUAAUAGGGCAGGGCAGAGAGUGUUGCCAAAUGGUCAGGUUUGGAAGCCCCAUUUAUUGCUGCUCUCUUUUGCAUCUAAGAUUCUUGCUGAGGCGAAUGCACUUUUGAAGCUGCAAGAUAGUACACCUGCAAAGCCUUUUGCAACUCGAUCAAGAGCACCUCCUUUACCGUUCCUUCUUUCAUCCCUUCUCCAGUCAAGACCUCAAGUUAAGCUGCCAGAGGAACAGUAUGGCGGAGAGGAUGGUUUAGAUGAUGAUUUAGAUGACUCAUCAGAUUCUGAGGAUGAAUCAGAAUAUGAUGAAUUGCCACCAUUUAAAAGUUUGACAAGGGCUCAGAUUUCGAAGCUUACUAAAGCUCAGAAGAAGGCAUAUUUUGAUGAGUUAGAAUACAGAGAGAAACUUUUCAUGAAAAAACAGUUGAAGGAGGAGAAAAGGCGACAGAAGAUGAUGAAGAAAAUGGCUGCAGCUGCAAAGGACCUGCCUAGUGAGUACAUUGAAAAUGCAGAAGAAGAAGGUGGAGGAGCUGCAUCUGUUCCUGUUCCCAUGCCAGAUUUAGCCUUACCUGCUUCGUUUGAUUCUGAUAAUCCCACUCACCGGUACCGUUAUCUUGAUACCUCCAACCAGUGGCUUGUGAGGCCAGUUCUAGAAACUCAUGGCUGGGAUCAUGAUGUUGGUUAUGAAGGUAUAAAUGUGGAGAGGUUGUUUGUGGUUAAAGACAAGAUACCUCUAUCUUUUUCUGGCCAGGUAACAAAGGACAAGAAGGAUGCCAGUGUUCAAAUGGAAUUAGCAAGUUCUGUAAAGCAUGGAGAGGGAAAAGCAACUUCACUGGGGUUUGAUAUGCAGACCGUGGGAAAAGACUUGGCCUAUACUUUACGCAGUGAGACUAGGUUCAGUAAUUUUAGGAAAAAUAAGGCUACAGCUGGUCUCUCGGUUACUCUAUUGGGUGAUGUCUUAUCAACUGGAGUGAAAGUUGAGGAUAAAUUGAUUGCUGGUAAGCGGUUCCAAAUGGUCAUGUCCGGUGGUGCAAUGAGUGGUCGUGGUGAUGUGGCUUAUGGUGGCAGUUUGGAGAUCCAACUGAGAGACAAAGAUUAUCCUCUUGGUCGUUCAUUAUCAACACUUGGGCUUUCUGUCAUGGACUGGCAUGGAGAUCUUGCCAUUGGCUGCAAUUUACAAUCCCAGAUUCCUAUAGGACGAUCUACAAAUUUGAUUGGUCGUGCUAAUUUGAAUAACAGGGGAGCUGGACAAAUCAGUAUUCGCUUAAAUAGCUCAGAACAGCUUCAACUUGCUUUGAUUGGCCUCAUUCCUCUUUUGAAGAAGCUAAUCGAGUAUCCUCAACAAUUGCAACUUGGACAAUGAAGAAAAGUAUAGGUUAUACUUGCUAGGAAACUUCUGAUGUCGCCAUCUUGUGAAGGUCAUCGAGUAAUGCGAGUGAAGUUAAAAGCUGCUUAUUGCCCCCCCUCCCCCCUUCUCUUUUUGUUGGAAUCGGAUGACGUCAUGUUGUAUGAUAUUAGUUGUCGUAAUUUCUUUGUUAGAUAUUUUCUUAAAGUGGUUUUUUCUUCUUAUCAAGCCACUGGACCAAUUAUUGCUUCUUGUUCAACCAUGCCUGUUUCUAGAAUCCAUAUAGUUUUCUUCUCA